CUGCACUUAAUGUUUAUGAUGUUGGGACAGGUUUUGGAUCUAAUGGUUCGCAUGCUAGGAUUCUCUGAUGAGGAUAAGCAAAGAAUAGGCGUUGCUCAACAAGGUGCAAGCACAGGUGUUGUACGAGGAGUUCUUCGGCUGCCUGGUCGCCUGGUUGGAGGCAUCUUGGGAGGAAGUUUGACGGAAGCAGCUGCAAAUGCAGGAUCUGAUAACCAGUCCUUUGCAGAUAUGUGGGUUGACUUUCUUCUCAAAGAAACAGAAGAAAGAGAGAAGGGAGAAUCAUCAGGAAAUACAGGUACUACACCCACUGAAAUUCCACAUGAUAAAAGUCCAAAUACUAUUUCUGCUAUUCCCCCACUUCCCAAUCAAAGGUUUGCAUCUGUUCCCCCACUUUCCAAUCAGAGGUUUGCAUCUGCUUUUCCAAUAAAUUCAACUAGUCAAAACAUUAGUCCUCUCCCUCCUAGCUAUUUUCAGCGUCCUGAAAAUUUUGGUUCCGAGUUCUCAACAGUUCCUCUUACACCAUCUGAUGCCAAAACUACUGGUUCAAACCAGCUUCCGAGAUACUGAAUAGACACAAUUAAUCUAAGGUAUAUAUAAAUAUAAUUGUUUGUUAAAUUGUAGGCAUGCGAUCUUGUUUUAUUAUUCCUUUUUCAUUCAACGAUGAGAUGAGAGUUCUUUUCACAAUAGGGGGAGGCAGGGGGUACUUCCAAAAGUCUUUUGUUUCCACUGCCUACGUUAUAUGUCAUUCUGUGUGCAUUCACGUAUAUAAUAUUGGGAAAAAAAUCCUGUUGUAGAUGUCAAAUAAUAUCAUUAUCUCUUCAAUAUUAUACUUAAACCAGUUAGCAGCUAUAAUUUAUUCCCUAUUCUGUAAUGCUGCAUGCAUAUUUAUUUGAUACGAUGUUGUAUUUGGGCAUUCAUCAUUUAUUCCAA